UAAUGCACACGCUGUUGGGGCCACUCCCACUCCCUCACAUAGGAAGUGAAAUGUGGAAGCGCAACUGAAGGAUACAAGAAAAGAUCCCACAUCUGGAGCUUUUAGGUCACUUGUAGCUCACAUAUGCUGCUACACUACUGCUGCCAAAACAAGGACUGCUAGGUAAUGGCUGCUCUCAGGGCUUUUCUCACUCUUGCCGUCGGUUUCCUGCUGGGACAUCAAACAUUUGCCGCCAAAAACGAUGCUCCCUGCCAGCUCUCCAAAUGGAACAACGGCUUCAACACCUUCACCAAACGCCACAUUCCCGCUGGUACUCCUACUUCUCUGGACCAGAACGAAUGGGAGAAGUACAUCAAGAAUAACGGGGACUGUGAUAGACCCACCCAGUCCUUCCUACACCCAGGCGACCUGGACAGGGUGAAGGCCGUGUGUACAGACAAGGGGGGGGCGGUGUACAAGGACAACCUGUGCAUCAGCCGGCAGUCUUUCACUUUUGUCACGGUGAGGAGCGUACAGGGGACGUGUGGGAUCAAGAGCGUCCGAAAGGAAACCAAACAUCUGAUCCUGGCCUGUGAGGAGCUGGGCAAUCAGUGCCUGCCGGUGCAUUUUGAGGGAAACCCUGACAAUGCAAAGCCAAACAACAACGCCAAAGGCUGCCAGGACCCACGCACUGCUGGUCGGGCUCCAAGCCCUGCUGGUCAUGCUCCAAGCUAUAAAAUGACGUGGCUCUGGUUGUUUUCUGUUAUUCUUGUUAUUAUUUAUGGCUAUCAAAAUUAAUUUGAGAAACUAACAACAAGUAUCCUGAACACAUUUGAGUCUUGAAAUGUUCAUUUGAAAAGUGUUUUAAAACGUUGUUUUCUAUUCUUACUGUACCACCUUUGUAUCUCGGAGAGUUAAUGAAAGGGUUGGUACUCUAAAGGCAUUUCAUUUAAAGCUACAGUAGUUAGUGCAUGUAUGGCACAGAUGUGAAUGUGAUGCUGAAUUCAAGUCAUUCACUAUGUUGCAGUACAAAAGGGAUUUAACUGAAUUUAAUACAUGUAUGGUAUGCUUUAAUAAACAGAAGAUUUAUUCAUCUACAGUCA